AUGGCACAUAAUGAUGUCAACUACAUCCCUUUUCAAGACGAAUUAGAUAACAGCAGUUGUCGUAUACGUCAGAUCGGCAGUUGUUUUAUCAUGGACACUGAAGCUGUGAGGUCGAGUCCUCUGCUAGAGCUUCGUCAACGAGAUGACCUGCGACAGCUAGAGCCAAAGAAAAGAUCCUUGCCCGAAAGAAUGUCAUGUGUCAGAAACAACAUCCGGGUCAACUCUUUCGCCAAGGCCACAUCAGGCUUAGAACGUCAGAAGUGCAAAACAUUGCAGACAUUACAUGAAAGCUGUGGCAAACUGCGGCAUGAGAUCAAGCUACUCGACCUGGAUCGCUUCAGUCACGAAAUGGACGUGCGAAAGCGGCUAGCGCCAGACAAGGACUUCACGUGCGAGGACUCCCAUAUACAGAACACAUCCCGUCGCCUGGGCACAGGUGUGACUUCCUGUUACCUGGACAAAAGCCUGUCGUAUCCCCUGAGAAGCAGAUCAGUACGAGACACGCCCAUUGUAAGGAAGGCCAGGGCAAGCCUACGAAUUCAAGAGCUACACAGAUCCUUCAAGAAACACGUAGAAACAAAAAGAGCCAACACGCAGAGUGUCACACCUUCAUCCAGCCAAAUGUCAGCAAUCCCCGGAACUUCAAGCAGAAAUCAAGCACAGCAUUCCUCAAAAUAUGGCCUCUUCUCCAGCGUCACAGGCAAACAUGCAUCCAGCCCAGCUUUUCCACCCCAUUUAGCAACUCCUGGUUUUGAUAAACGCGGGAAAAUUACAGCAUCCACAAAUGCAAAGUUGAUGACGCUGACUUCUGUCAUCUCUGAUGAUCUUAACGAUAGUUUCAACUGUUCUGAAGAUGAACCCCCACAUCUACCAGAACAUAUCGAUCUGAAAGCUCACUUUUUUGGUGGGAGACAGAGCACCAGCGUCAAAUUGCAAACUCUGUCAUCAUCGAGCAAUACAAUAACAAGCCAACAAUUGUUGCGGCCGAAGAAGCUGAAAACUACUCCUCAUAGAUUACUGACGGAUAGAUUACAAAACGAGGUGUGUCACAUAAACACGAAAGUUCUGGAAUUUUUGAGGAGUUUUCCUACAUCUAAAUAUAAUCAAGGAGUCUCUAAACGAAACGACUUGAACAAUUAUUUAAAAUAUCAGAUUAUUAAAGACAACAACGCUACAACACCAAAAGAAUCAGAGAAAGUCAUCGCAGGUCUGGAUGCCCCUAUCGUCGCUGCAGAGCCUCACUGUGAGGUUCAUCUUCCUGCCACUGACAGGCAAAGUGAUAAACCGUUUCAGCCAAACAGACACAAUACUUCGGGACUUGGAGAAACAUCCACACGAAGUCAAUACAGCUGGAAAUUAAUAAAAGGCACGUCAACAAAGGAUCGACAGACAAGGACACAGACGGUCAACGAUCUGGUUCUUCAGGCAUUAACAGGAAUGCCUAUCUGCAACAUCCUAGGCUCUCAUGUGCCUCUGCGUGCAGCGUCUAGGGCCAUGCGACACACAGCAACCUUUAAAAUGCACACAAUUCUAGAGAAUCUUGUAAAUGAAAGAACACGCUAUCAGAAAUAUGAAAUCGGGGAACUCAGACGAGCUAUGGAGGGACAGAAGAAUGUGACAUCUGGAUCAGCUGUUGGCAGACCUGAAUAG